AUGGUUUUGCUACCAAUUACGGCGGUCUUGACCUACCUGAACGCGCACAGGUUCCACAACCUAAUGAUGGAUUCUGGGCUGGUCCCCGGGCGAUUUUUUGAUGUGAAACGAGACCUACCACCGGCAGGAACCACAGGAAUUGAAGCUGAUUUUGUGGAACAUUCCAACGUGAAUCUUCCCGACAUUUCGCGAACGCGUUUAGCAGCCUUAUCGGUGGAACUGGAGAAGAGCCAUAGUUGGGCUUCGGACCAAUUGUCGACAGAACGUACGCAACCAACAAAAUCCUUCGACAUUCAUAUCGUGGAGCUUGAACGGCAAUCUGAACUCCAUGUUGCCGAGAUAAAAUUUCGACAACCAGCUUCUUCCUGGAAGUCGAUUUCCGAUUGGAUUUGUGAGAAUACGAGAGAAAUCUAUGGCGAUGUCUUCCACCUGGUCAUGCCCGUGAAUUCGGUCAGCGAGAUCUUCGGUCACCAGAUGGAAACACUGGCCAAUCGACCGGGAACCUCAAACCUCGAUUUAACAAUAGCGAAGCCGAUCAUUAGCCGAUUCGGCCAAAUUGGCCUCGUGAACUAUCAUAUCAAACUCCAAAGGACGAUUAGUUAUUCGGUACCCAUCAUUGAGGGACAGCUCAGGAUAUCUUCUUUUGCUGUUGAAGCGCCAGAUCUGUUCUCGGUAACUCGGGCAGUUGAACGAAUAUCC